AUGGCUGCCAAACACUUCUCACUCUUCUUCUUCGUUGCUCUUCUCUUAUCCGCUUCAGCACAAGCUGAAGCCAGAGAGAGCAGGUUCUUCAGCAAGGUCACCCGUUUGAUCGGCACCGUCAACAAGGUGAUCACCGAAGUCCCGACUCCGGCACCAGCACCGGCACCAGAAACCUCCGAACUACAGGUACCGGUGCCGGCACCGGUACCGACGGCAAACACCACCGGAAACAGACGUCGAAAACGAGAUGCUGACAGAGGAACACGCCGCAGGCGACGAGGGCUUCGAGAAAAGAGUGGCUACAACGUGGACAGUGUCAAGGGCAACGACAACUAUUAUGGCAACGUUAAUGGAUAUGGAACUGAGAAGAGUGGGAGUGAACAGAAGGGUAUGAGUGACACAAGGUUUUUGGAGAAUGGAAAGUACUACCAUGACGUGAAGAAUGAGAAUGAGAUUAAACAUGAGAAUUAUAAGUCUUACUAUAAUGGAUAUAAUGAUGAUCAGACGGCGGAGAGAGGGCCUAGAUAUGUGUUUGAUUCCAUGGAAGAGUAUGAGAAGUACCAGGAGAGCCAAGGGAAGUCAUAUGUGCCUUGAAUAUUUGAUGAGAGAGAGAGAGAGAGAGAGAGAG